UUACACUCCGAAAGUCUUUUCGGAGAUCGGCCGCGAAGGCUAAUGGAUGUGUAAGUGAGGCCUGCUUUUAAUGUAACAAAAGUGAAUGUGGAAGAAUGGCAGACGUCGAGCAACGGCAUCGUUUGGUGUUUCUUGGAGCAGGAGGCGUUGGGAAAAGUUCCAUUAUAAAGCGCUUCCUCCAGGAUUCAUUUUCGGACACCUACAAAGAAACAAUAGAAGAUCUGUAUUGUAAAGAGUACGAUGUUCAGGGAUCUCUUAUAAAAGUGGAUAUUCUUGAUACGGCCGGAAAUCUUGCCUUCCCUGCCAUGAGGCGACUCUCCAUCUCCACAGCACAUGCCUUUGUCUUGGUGUACGAUAUCUGCAAUUUCCAUUCCUUCGAGGAGGUUCGGCGGAUACGGGAACAGAUAAAAGAAGAGCGCACUAGUUACGAGGAUUUGCCCUGUGUUGUCGUUGGUAACAAGGCUGACUGCGAGGAGGACAGACAGGUUACACAGGAAGACGUCAUUCAUUGGUUGUACGAUGAUGGAAUGCAGUCUUUCCUGGAAGUGUCGGCUAAAACUGGACAAAGUGUAUUAGAUAUAUUUAAGCUGCUGUUAGACCAGGCCAAACUGCCCUACAUGAGGAAGUUAGAGCCCAUGUUGCGCAGGCGCCUUUCCGUCACCACAGUCGUGUCUUCCGACGACACCAGCUCAGAGGAACAAGGUGACAAAGAGACAAAGAAGUUUUCAAGAAGUCGCAGUCUUAUCAGACGAGGAAGCCGACCCAAGGUGAAACGUUCGUCUAAUAAGGCAAAAAAGAGUGAAAUGAACGAGUGUGCACCUAGUUAA